UUGUCAGCCGCUCCCUGUUAGCUAAAGCUGCUGGACGGUGAUAAACGGCGGUUUUCUGCCUCAGUGACAGUUAAGUAACAAUUUUCAGCUUUGGUGAAUCUUUGUAUUAAGUCUAACAGAGUGGUCAGGUGAAGGUUAGUGUACUCUCAGGCCAGUUUGCUCGGACUGAAAAGGUUUCGCUUCCUGUGUCGGACUCUGAGCAGUUGUCCUCCGCCUUGCUGUUUGUUCCUGGUGGUCUGAAGCGGAUAAAAUACAACGACCCUGAAAAGAUGGCGGACUGCGUCACAAAGGUGGAGCUGAGUGUCUCCUGUUCUGACCUGCUGGAUAAAGAUGUCGGCUCAAAGUCUGAUCCUCUGUGUGUGCUGCUGCAGAAGACAGGAGGUGACAGCUGGACUGAGCUGGCUCGUACUGAGCGGUUGAAGAACACCUCCAGUCCGUCCUUCAGUCAGCGUCUCAGAUUGGAUUAUCACUUUGAGACAGUUCAGAAUCUGAAGCUGGGGAUCUACGACAUCGACAACUCCACCUCUGACCUCGGCGACGAUGACUACCUGGGAGGGAUUGAGCUAACACUGGGGCAGAUAGUUUCCAGUAAAAGUGUGAGCAGACCUCUGCAGCUGAAGAAAGGCAAACCUGCAGGGAAAGGAACCAUCACUGUCUCUGCAGAGGAGAUAAAGGACAACAGAGCCAUUGAACUUGAGCUGGAGGCUAAAAACCUUGACAAGAAGGACAUGUUCGGGAAGUCUGAUCCAUUCCUGGAGUUUUUUAAACAAGGAGACGGUGGAAAGUGGCAGCUGGUCCACAGGACAGAGGUGGUGAAGAACAAUCUGAGUCCCUGCUGGAAGAAGUUCUGUGUUCCUCUGCAGACGUUCUGCGGCAGCGACCUCGACAGACCGUUGAAGGUGGAUUGCUCUGAUCAUGACAGUGAUGGAUCUCAUGAUCUGAUUGGUUCUUUCACCACAAAAGUUUCUGAGCUGCAGAAAGCUGCACAUGGUUCACCGGUGGAGUUUGACUGCAUCCACCAUGAGAAACAGAAGAAGAAGAAGAGCUACAAGAACUCUGGAGUCGUCUCUGUGAAAAGCUGCAAGAUGCUGACUCAGUACACCUUCCUGGACUAUGUGAUGGGCGGUUGCCAGAUCAACUUCACCGUGGGGAUCGACUUCACCGGCUCUAAUGGUGAUCCCCGUUCGCCCAACUCUCUCCACUUCAUGAGUCCAGACGGGCUGAACCAGUACCUGUCUGCUCUGUGGUCUGUGGGUCAGGUGAUCCAGGACUACGACACUGAUAAACUCUUCCCGGCGUUCGGUUUUGGAGCCAAACUACCUCCAGACUACCAGGCUGCAAACCAUGAGUUUGCCCUCAAUUUCAACCCCACUAACCCCUACUGCCAAGGUAUUGAGGGGAUCAUUGAAGCCUACAGGAUGGUUUUGCCUCAGCUCAGACUGUCUGGACCCACAAACUUCUCUCCUAUCAUCAACCACGUCGCUUCCAUCGCCACCACCGCCACGCAGGCCAACAACGCCUCUCAAUACUUCGUCCUGCUCAUCCUCACUGACGGUGAGAUCACCGACUUUGACCAGACCCGGGACGCCAUUGUCCGGGCGUCGCGGCUGCCGCUUUCAAUCAUCAUUGUUGGGGUGGGGCCAGCUGACUUUAAGGCCAUGGAGCUCCUGGAUGGAGAUGACGGUGUGCUGAGGUCGACGGUGGGCGAGGCCGUCGCCAGAGACAUCGUCCAGUUUGUCCCGUACAGACAGUUCAAAGAUGCUCCCAAGACGGCUCUGGCUCAGUCUGUCCUUGCUGAGGUUCCCAACCAGCUGGUCUCUUAUUUCAAAAUGAGAGGCUUUGAACCACCCAAACCUAAAGCUGCUGCCAAAUCCUAAACCCAGCCCCACAUGACCUAAACCCCGCGUCCUGCAUGCCCCACAAAGCUGAACGCCUACCCUGAUUUCAUUCCAGGCUCAGACCAUCAUCAUUCACCCUCUCCUCUGCCCAACAACCCACCAAGUCGACCACUCUUCAGGGACCAACCUAAUGUGUUGCUGGAAUCUCAGCCAAUCAUGACGCAGCAUUCAGCUGUCAGCCAAUCAGGAUGCCAGGGGGAACCCACACUAUUUUUUUUUUUUUUAUAAUCACAUUCUUCUUUCUGAUGAUGAUAAAGUAGUAAAGAUUAUAGAUUAUAGAUUGUAUAUUCCUUCUGCUGCUUCCACGCUAACUAUGCAGAUCACGUGUUUACCAACGUGUUUAAAAGUCACAGAGCUGCACACACACACAGAAAAAGUUUCAACUGUCGUCCAGUUUUGGCUCUACAUUCUCUAUUAUUGUUUCCAUAGUAACAGUAGGAGGUUACUGAUCUGCUCAGAGGUGAACUCUGUUGACUUUUGGGAGUUUUAUCAUUUACAUUGAUACAGUUUUGUCCACAGUAUCUAGUGGACAUUAGAGGAACUGCGACAAGGCACCUCACCAUAAUCAAUUGUUUUUAUUACCAUUCGCAACAUGAUGACACUAUGCACCCAGGUCCAGCUCUGAGUGGGUGUGUGUGUGUGUGUGUGGCUCUGAUUAGCUUUAAUAAUCAGGUAUCAAUACUUAGCACUUUGCUGUUGCACUAAAUGCUGGAAAAAUGUUUUAUGAAUGUUGUUAUAUGCCCAUUAACAUAGCUUUACUAUAUCAUAUGCUCUCUAACAUAGCUUUACCACUAUAGCCUUAUAAUAAACUUUAUUGUAGCCUUACCGUAGACUAGUGUAGCCUUUGUCACUCUCAGCUGCUUCAGCCUGAAUAUUUCUGGCAUGUUCUGUCAUGACUCUCGGUGGUUUGUUGAUGCUGCAGCUGCAGUGCAUUCACUGUUUAUGGUGAAUAAACAGGGAGAGAAAAAAAACACUUCUGCAGGUGAAAAUUUACAUUGGGUCCGAACACACUUUAGGACUCACAAUUAAGAACAGUCACCAAUGAUGUGAGUACCUGGGAAUUGUAACCACGGUAACCCUCCAUCCCACACCGAGAGUCUGUUUGAACAUGUCCUCUGUUUAUGUACCAAAGACUAUUUUCUGAUUGACAUGGCCCCUCCAGCCUGGGAUACUGGCAAACACACACUAACACGCACACACAUUUACACACAAACACACAGUGUUAAAACAAGUCAGAAGCCAUGUUUACUGCAGCGAAGCCACAGUUAGUGUUGUGAAAGAGCUGCCAAUGCUUCAUCCACCACAACUUGAAAUCACUUAGAAUAACUUGUUGUUUUUUUUUUUUGUGCCUUUAUUACAAACAGCAGCAAACAACGGUUUAGACUUGAACGUUGCACUUUGUGGUUGAUGUGGCAGCCACAGGGGUGACCGGCUUAGAAAUAAUUUAAAGUCACCUUUUAACCACUAAAGCUGAGCAGUUGUGCUGUGGAAUUAACUUGUUUUAGUCAGAGUAAGAGUAAAAUUCUCUAUUUUUCUCCUUGUUGUCAAAUGUUGAGGGACUUUUAGGGCUUUUUUCAGGCCCCACUUUAUUGAAGUCAAAUAUCUGAAGUGCAUAUUAUUUGUAGCUCUGAGGUUGGGGAACAGUCUGGGUAACAAAAUAAUCAAAGCCAAAGGUCCACUUGCUGGUUUUUGUAGCGUCCAGUCCUCCUAAAUUAAUGGAACCACAUCAUGAAAGACUGUGAGAUAUGGUUGAAAGCUCUGCAAAAAGCCUGUAAGUUAAGAUUAUUUUGUUGAUCAUAUCAGCUGUGUAUUUUUUAGAUAAAGAGGUGCAACAGUGUCUGCUGCUUCAGACUGUUUGGUUGUUUUUGGAUCGAAUUGGUUACGGUUUUCAGACCAAAUCAGCUUCCCAGGAAAUAGAGAGAUGGUCAAGGUGUUUAUUUUUUUUUUAAAUGUUUUCUAGAGAGACCGAUUAAAUGAUGAGUCUGGUUUCAUCCAAAGUUCACGGGAACAACGUCUUUGUUUAAUUCUCACCAUUUAAGCUUGUGAUCUCCAAACUACUUUCUAAAGUUUGUUCAGUGAUACAGAGUUGUGGCUGAGGAUGAACUCAGUGGAAACAGUAAUUUUUACCAAAAAAUUUAUAAAUAAAUAAAAAGAUAAGUGGGAUGAAUCUGCUGAUGAAGACCGUGGGACAACACACAUAAAAACAGUCAAAAAAUCAAAUUAAUGACCUGAGACUUUUUUUCCUUUUUGCUCUUGUGUUGUUUUGAUGCUAAAAAGACUCGGAUAUGUCUGUUUGUCCCUGUCAAGUUGCCAUGAUGUACUCUUUGUUUUUCUUAGUUGCCAAAAACUUAAAGUGUUUAAAGGAGUUUCACGUUAGUAAUUUCAGCCAAAAAAUCUGCAGUUGUCUUUUCAAACAUGAAGGAAAAGUGAAUCUUAUGAGAAAAUCAUAAUGGAAAUCUGUUCUGAGUUCAGCCGAACAUGCCAUAUUGUCUCUGUAACCAUGGCUGCAUGGUCACAUGAUGCUGUGAUAUCAUUUAAUAAAAGAAACAUCUUGGCCAA